AUGGAUUACGAUUAUUAUACGAAUGCAAUGAAGGUAAUUUCAGUGGCAAAAGCAUUCGGAUAUCUGAACCCGCCACGACCAGAAAGAUCGUUUUGGAUUCAUCCGUUUAUUGCAGAACGGGAAACAAAUGAUCGGUUUUUUUCUUUUUAUGGAGAAAUUCGAAAGUAUCCCAGUAAAUUUUUAGAAUACUAUAGAAUGUCCAUUUCUUCAUUUGACGAGCUAUUAGAAAAAAUACGCCCCCAGAUUACGAAAAAAACCACCAAGUUCCGACGUCCGGUGUGUCCAGAAGAAAGACUAACUAUUACAAUCAGGUAA